UGCCGCUGCGGCUCUAUCGGCGGCCUCCCGAUGCCGUGAUCCCCACCCCUAGAUUCCCACCGGCCACCAGUGCUGUAGAUCGGACCCCCACCCGCCCCGGGCACCGCCACCAAGACGGGAGACGGCGGGAUGGAGGUGAGGUCCAGCUCCGGCAAGGAGCCGCGCGCGGUCAGGCUGCCCGGCGACCUCGUCGCCGAGAUCCUCGCGCGGGUGCCCUACCGCUCGCUCUGCCGGUUCAAGCUCGUCUCGCGGUCAUGGCGGGCCCUCUGCUCCGACCCCGCCGUCCGCCGCAGGAAUGGAGAUCUACUCGUCGGAAACUGGAACAUGGACGUACAGGCAGAUCGAGUGGGGGUGGGGCAAUGGCAUUUGAGCAGGUUGGAAUUCUGUCUUCUUCAAGGGCACUUUGCAUUUGACAAACCCUGACCCUUAUUCAUUGCUCACGGUGGACAUUGACGCCAAGACGUCGGGGAGAAUCCCCACUCCGUGUAAUUUCCAUUUUAUCGGAGUCUCUCAAGGACAAUUGCAUGCUGUGCACAUAAGCAAGCCAUGGAACAACAACAAUAACGAUAGACUGUCAAUCUGGGUUCUUGAGGAUUAUGCUGGGCUGCAAUGGACCCUAAAACAUGAAGUCAGUGCAAUGGAGCUGUUUGGAUCAAUCCCUAGAAGUUUUGGGGACUCCUGCUACUUCAAAGUGCAUGCGAUCCAUCCGGAGCAUGAUUUGAUUUUCCUUACCGCAGGCAAGCUGAAGAGUCUCAUGUCAUACAACAUGGAUGAGAAGAAGGUGCGUUUCAUCUGGACUCUUGGAGGGCGCGAUGUGUCUGCAUGCCCUUUAUGUUCCUUGCUUCUCAGAUUGGCUGCCACCUGGACAUUAAAGUUACAGAAACUCUGAACCAAGAGAAAAAUUUACAGAACUUUUGUAUUUGCUAUCAUCAUGACAACGCGAGAAAGAACUGGUUGUUGCAAAAGGAGUCUUAUUAUCUAGUUUUGGGAUAGCAGUUUGGAAUAAGUCACAGGCCAACUUCAGCUUGUUGUCGUUCUCAUCUGCCUGUUCACAAUGACUUCUUGUAGCUUUGAACAAUGCUGGCUGGUCUUUGAAGCAUAUGUAAACUGUGAGCAAGCCUUUAGGUUUGUACUCUACUGCCUAGCUAUCACACUGGACCUACUUCUACUCAAUUUAUUGUUCUCUCCGAGCAAAACAUGGUUACUCUAUAUAUUUGCUUUCAUCUAA